AGGGCCCGUCGGUCCAACAUGCUGUUCGGGCUGGGCGUAUGGGGCUCGGAGGAGAAUGUGCUGGGCCUGCCUUCAAGUUCGGGGUCAGGCAGCCGUGGGAGGCCUGCUCCAAGCGCGGCAAGAUUUGUGGUGGCGAGAAGCCCGUUGACGCCCGAGCCCUGAGAAAGAAGGUCAGCAGUGUGACGUGUGGCCUGGCCGCCCGAGCCAUCCUCUAUAGCCUGCUGCUCUACGUCACUGACCUCCAGGACAGGCCCCCGGAGCCGCCUCCCGCCAGGACGGCAGCCGGCGGGGAGAGCAGGGCCGGCCGCUCGCCCAGGAGCCAGGACGGCCAGCAGCGGCCCACCCGCUUCCAGCUCCUACAGGCCAAGUUCAUGGGCGCGGGCCGCGAGCCCCGCCUCAAGAGGGCCCGGGAGGUGGGGAGGCUGAUCCCCAAGGACAAGCAGGGCCCCGGCAGGAGCGUGGUGACCGCCACCAUCAGUAAGCUCCUGGAGAAGGCUCGGGAGGGAGCCGGCCGCCCCCUGCAGGACCGGGAGCCACGCCACAGCCAGAAGCCCCGGCAGGGCCUCCCCGCCGGGAAGGGCACCGUGAAAAACAUUCUGAAGAUGUUCCUGGCCGCAGAGGAGAAGGAGGUCUGUGAGGAGCCCAGAGCGGCCAGGGCGCCCCUGCCAAAGCUGGCCACCAAGAGGGGCUCAGUCCUGUCCAAACUGCGGGAGAAGUUUGAGCAGAGCGGCUGUCUUUGCUCAGAGGCCAGGGUGCUGCCACUGCGCACGGAGGGGAGAAAGAAGAACCUGCAGAGGAGGAGGACGCACUGGCCCGAGACCCGCGUGCUCCGCACGGCCACCAUGGCCAGCACCUGCAUCCGGACACCACUGGCCCGCUUCCUGGCCUGCACCACGGAGCCCAUGCUGGCCUUUAGCAUCGCCACCGUCAUCUGCGGCCCCAGGAGCUGGCUAUCCCACUGCGCCAAAAUCAGCCACUCGCAUCAGGGGCGUGUGCCCAGCGCGGGGGGCGUGGCACCCAGGGGGAGUAGAACGGCGGGACAGAGACAGCCCGGCGGGGGGCCCGCACAGCCACCAGCACCCUGGGCCACGGCUCGCGCGGACAGCCCGGAAACGGUGUUCCUGGGUGGGGGGUCCCUGCCCGUCCCCGGGCCAGCCCCCUCCUCUGCCUCCCACAGUGGUGGGGCCCUUCCUGGCGGUGAGCCCCUGGUGUCCCUACUCAAACCAGCCAGCCCAGGGCAUGCUGGGGCAGUGGGAGGCGACAGGACGGGGGACCCCCCUGCAGGGGACACUGCACAGCACACCGGGGCACCUGGGGAAGCCAGCGUGGGCCUGUGGCCUGGGCUCCCGGGUGCGGGAGCAGGGAUGGCCCCCGAGGUUGCCCUCACAGUUUGCAGUUCUGAGGACGAAACAGAAGGAGUGACUCUAGGCUCGGAAGGAGACCCCCUGUUCGCUGUCCAGGAGACUUUCCCGGAACAGAAGGUAGCAGGACAUAUCCUGCCACUUCUGUUGUCCACGGUCCAGGCCCUGCGAUGCACACAGUCAGCCGUGGGGUCUCCCCAGGUGACUGUCGCCCGGCCGGACACGCGCCAAAUGUCACCACCUCCUGCCACGCUGCCCAAGGCCGUGGGGUCUCCCCAGGUGACUGUCGCCCGGCCAGACACGCGCCAAAUGUCACCACCUCCUGCCAUGCUGCCCAAGGCAUCAGGUGGUAGAGACAAAGGUUCUAGUCUUCUGAGUGGUGGAGGCAGGGGUGGGGGUGGGCUUGAAAGCGCUUGGGUGCCAUUUCCCACGGGGACAGAUGGUGAGAGCACCAGGGCAGCCGGCAUGGCUGGGGGCUCCCUUAGAGCCCUGAGUGUCCCGCCUGGAAGGGCCACCACCAGCGUGGAUCAGGACCUCCCAGCGGCAGCUCCGCAGAGACGUCCCACCCGGGGAAAGGCAAAUGGGCACAGCUUUGGGGAUUCAAAGGAGCGCCGGCGUCCUGAGGGCCCGGCAGGAGAAGACGUGCCUGAGCGGGCCUGUGAGAAGCAUCAGUGGCCAGCAUCAGGCGACAGGCCGGUCUGUGGCAGGGAUGCCCCAUGGCAUCAUCCCAUGGUCUCAGAGAAUCGAGGGAGAGGGGACAGCUCCUCGGUCCCUGGCCGUCAGCAAGUGCUGCCUGCCGACAUGGGACACCCAGCGGGCGUCUCAGCAGCGCUGGAGGCCACCCCCAGAGACAGGACCCCGUCUGACAGUCCCACCUCUGCGGACGAGCAGGUCCUGUGUGAGCGAGAGCUCAGGGGGCCGCCACUAAGGGGCCCUGCCCGGCCCGGCCCACGGGCUGCAGGGAGCACCAACCCCGGCCUCAGCAGCGACAGACCCACCUCCCUCAGCGAACGCCCCAAACCAACUCCCGAAGCCCCCAGGCGGGCGGCAGCCACAGGGGCCAUGGAGAGUCACACCGCACCAGCGAGAGGUAACAUCCCGAACCCCGUUAACAGCGCGGCCCCAGAGCGGCACCCAGUGCGUGAGGGACAGAGCCGCCCACCGCCUACACACCGCAGCCUGGCAGCCCCGGCCCUGACCCGGGCCGCCAGCCCCCCGCCCGGCUCGGCCCCACCCGGGCCCUGGAGGCACCUGCUCGCAGCCGCCCAGAGCAGCGCCUGUGGGGUCUCGGGGCAGUGCCAGCCCGAGGCCCCCGAGGCGCCGGCCACCGUCCCACUGGAGGCGGGGCCACGCACGAGCACCGUGGCCGAGAGUGAAGCUAGCGUGGUGGGGGGAGGCGGAAAGUCCGCAGCUGCACCCGGGAGCCCCUCGGGGGGAGACACGACCCCAGCCCCAGGCGGGGCUCACCCCACGCCCCAGGGCAGUGCCGCCGUGGGGCCUCCGCCCUCGCGCCCUGAGAACCAACAGGCCGAGGAGGACGAGCACGUCCCGCCCAAAGACCAGGUUCCUCCCGGCGCCGGGGCCCCCCACCAGCCUCCAUCACCUGGAGCAGCAGAAGGAGGGCAGCGGGUAGGCGGGGCGCCCCACAAGUGCCCGGACCCCCAGGCACACGGGCCGCCUGCGUCCCUCACAAGGGCUGGCGUGAGGGAGGGAGUCGAGGUCGGGAACAGACGUCAACCGUGGGCAGGCCUGGGGGUGCCGGAGGAGGGGGCUGCGGGGCCCAUUGGGCUGGAUGGUCCCCCAGAGAAGGGGGUAGCUCUGUGGGGCCAGAAGCCUCGAUCAUGGGCUGCAAAAGAGGGUCAGACACGGCCCGGGGAGGUCGAGGGGGGCCGUGGCGUUGAGGUGGGGGCUACUGAGGUGGGGACGGGUCACCAACGCAGUGAGAAAGGCCCAGAACAUGCGCAGGGGCAGCAGGUGAGGCGUGCAAAGAACCUCCCUCGGGGACACGGUGCCCAGGCUGGAGAGAACCAGGCAUCUUCCCCCCCAGAGAAGCCGGGGCGCCCGGCACAGGCCCAGGCCAGCAGGAUGGCGCCCCGCAUCUCAGCAGGCCCCCCCGACAGCUCAUCGGAAGCAGUGCCCACUGCAGGCGCAAGGGGGAGGUCCCGGGGACCGGCCCCCAGGGGCAGCCAGGCAGAGCCUAGAGCGCCACACCAGGUGGGAGAAAGCCAGCCCACGGUGGGCGGGAGCCAGCGGUCCUCCGGCCCCGAGCCAGCGCCUGGCUCUGCAGUGCCCGCACCCAAGCCCGGGGUCUGCGAGACGCCCUGGACCCCAGCCCAGGAGGGGCCCCCAAACACCCCGGAGGCAGGGAGCGGUGCGUCGGAACGUGAGCGCCACCGAAGGCUGGCGCACUUUGCCAAAUAUAGAGCCCAGAGCUUCGGCGACCAGAGGUCCUUUGAUCUGUCCUUCAGACCGACAAUUAUCAGGGCCAACGACAAGUUCAAACUUCCCAAGUGAGGCCCCGGCUUCUGAACACGGACACGCCUGGCACCUCGGUUUCUGCGUCUUGGCCAGGCUGCUUUCCUGCUUCCAAACUACCCGGCCUCACACGUGUGCAUCCAGGGAGCCGUGUGGCGGAUCCCUUUCCCU